AUGAUCAAAGAACGUCUGCCAUCGAUCUACCCAGCCCUGUUAUCAAAAGUAGCAGAAGCUUUCAAAGAAUCCAUCGUUCUUUCAACCAAGACAAAAGAUAGUAUCAAGUAUAAAGAUGUUUUUGAUGGCAAAGAAGCCGUGGACAAAUUGUGCGGAUUGAUUAAAUCAAGUGAUCGUAAUCUGGCCCUUUUAUUAGGUCGAGCUUUGGACGCACAAAAGUUCUUUCACGAUGUCAACUAUGAACACAGGCUACGGGACUCAAGCCAAGAGUUAUACCAGUUUAAAGAGAAUGUAAGGCCUAUCAGUGGAUUAUUUUAUCCUCAGCAACAGGUGCUGUCUGAUCUGAGAAGUGACUCGGCCUCUGAGCUGAAUGUUGGACAAGAGAGCUCAGAAGAGUCUCUGCCCACAGGUGUAUUUACUCUCUUGACAGAUUGUUACUCUCCUACAUGUACACGAGAUAAACUAUGUUAUUCCGUAAGGUGUCCUCGCAGACAGGAACAGGCCAAGAAGAAUGCCUCCAAGAGCCAUUCUCGCGAAGCGAGUCAGUCCUAUAUGAUCGCACAACAGCAAGAGGAUAGAUUAUGGAUCAAUACAGUACCACAAUCUUUACUAGACACAUUAACCAAGGAUGAGAAGAAGCGCCAGGAAAAUAUAUUCGAGCUUAUCUAUACAGAAAAAGAUUUCGUUGACGACCUGCGCUACAUGAAAGAGUAUUGGAUUGAUCCUUUACUGGAUGAGAACUCUGAGGUGACAGGAGACAGAGAAAGUUUGGUGAAAACCAUCUUUUGGAAUGUCAUGGAGGUGUAUCAAGUCAAUUCAAAACUCUCACAAGCACUGCUCGAACGCCAAUCUUCCAAUAAAAUUGUCGAUAAAAUUGGUGAUAUUAUGCUAUCUCACGUUGCAAACUUUGAGCCUUUUGUCACAUAUGGAGCUCAUCAAAUCAUUGGAAAAUACGCAUUCGAAACCGAAAAGUCAACGAACCCUUCGUUUGCUGAAUUUGUAAACAUGACCGAGCGUUUGCCUCAGUCACGUAAACUGGAAUUAAACGGAUACUUGACCAAGCCAACAACACGUCUGGGCAGAUACAAUUUGCUCCUGCGUGAGAUCCUCAAACAUACGCCAAAAGACCAUCCAGAUCAAGAAACGAUUCCAAGAGUAAUGACUAUCAUUACGAAAUUCUUAUCAGAUGUCAACAAAGAAACAGGGAAAACUGAAAAUAGAUUUAAUCUACAACUUUUGGAUGAACGUUUAAUCAACAAGCAUAUCUCUAGUCUAGAUCUUGAUUUACAAGCAGACAAUCGACAGAUUAUUAUGAAAGGCACCUGGAAGAAAGGUUCAGGACCAGAGUCAUCAGAUGUCCUUGUUUAUUUAUUAGAUCAUUGUUUGCUCAUUAUAAAACCGAAGCAAAAUGAAGAAAAAUACAAACUUUAUCGCAAGCCUAUACCACUUGCCUUACUGUCCAUCUCUUUCCCUGAUCAGACAAAAAGAGCCAGUACGAUUAUACCUUUAGGAAGACCAAGCAACGUGUCUUCCAGUCCAACAGAUACUAUCCAAAAUAAUUCCACCACUAUAUCAAGUACAACAUCAGUAACAAACCACAACAAUAAAAAUGGAUACCCUAUUUCAUUUGUGCAUCUUGGCAAACAGAGCUCUGGCCCCAUGACACUGUAUGCGCCUACCUUGACAGGUAGAAAGCAAUGGGCAGACAAAAUUGAAGGCCAAAGACGAGCAUUGGUUGAAAAGCACAAGGUGUUUAAUGUACAACCUAUCAACGAGAGCUUCUUUAGUGCCUUCAACAAGGUGAACUGCAUCGCUGUGUUUGAAAAUGGAAAGUCGCUCGUCUUGGGUGGUGAUCAAGGUGUCUAUCUCAAAAAGGAAGGUAGUGGAGAUGAGCUCAUCCGUAUCUUGGCAAUGGACAAAGUGUCACAGAUUGAUAUUAUUGAACAAUCCAACCUCAUCCUGGUCUUGGCAGACAAGAUCUUAUACGCAUACUCACUGGAUACUCUCCUUUCUACAGAAACUGGCAUCAAACGCGGCCGAAAGAUCAGCAGCCAUGUUUCAUUUUUCAAACUGCAAAAUGGUGUGGAAAAGACGUUGGUGUGCUUUGUUCGAUAUAGUGCCAUGUCUUGUACGAUUCAUGCCUUGGAGCCAUAUGAAAACACAGAGUCAAAGAAAAAGCACAAACAUAAAAACUUUGGUCGAUUGAUCAGAGGAAAUAAUGAAGCAUUCAAAGUCUACAAGGAUCUGUAUAUGCCUGGUGAAGCUUCAUCUAUACAGUUUUUCAGAAAUAUAAUAUGUGUUGGUAGCGAGCGAGGCUUUCUCAUGGUCAAUUUGAGUUCUGCCGAAGUACAAAGUGUGUUGGAUCCAAACGAUGACAGUAAUAAUGCUCUUCUCGCUCAACAUGAGUACAUGAAACCGAUCUCGAUGUUUAGACAUAAGGACGGAAAUAUACUUUUGUGUUAUAACGAAUUGGCAUUCUACAUUGAUAAAAAGGGCAAACGAGUGCGAAAAGACUGGUGCAUCUCUUGGGAAGGAAGCCCUACUGCAUUUUCAUUCAGAUUCCCCUAUGUUGUGGCAUUCAAUGCCAAUUUUAUCGAAGUUAGACACAUCGAUACUGGUGAUUUGCUACAGGUCAUACCGGGGAACAACAUUCGCUGCCUACGUCCAGAUUCAACAGACAGAAUUCAUGGCGUGAUGGAUGAUCGCCUUGCAGGAUCUGAAGUCAUCUUUGAGCUCAAGUUGGUUGAUCCUCAUCGUAGAAAGAUCAGCAUGGUGAAGAAUAGAAACAAGACGUUCAAUAAGCAGUGA